CGGAUUCAUAACCUUAAAUUCUGUUCUCUUGUUGUUGUUGACAUAUCGACCCAGAAAAGUGUUGAAAUCUCUGAAAAUCUCAGUGAAACUUGCGAAAAUCAUGGAAGAGGAUCGAGUGGUGUUGGCCAAGAAUGCCCUGAUGGAGGCAAUUGGGGAGAAUUGGUCAAAAUACCUAAGUUACAUGCGAAUGUGGUUUCGCAGUCUCAUCACACAGGAAGCCUUCGAUCAGGAAGCCCGAAAGAUGCUGACCAUCGAGCAGAUGCACCUGCAGAACGAAUUUCUCAGCGCCGUGAUCCGGAAGACGUGCGGAUUCACGCAAUCCGUGCCGCUGCGGCCAGUGGCAGUGCCGGACGAGAAGCCCGUGAAUUUCAUAAAGAAGAAGCGCAAGAGAAGCUUCAGGGCAUCAGAGAGAGCGACAUUUGAGCCUGUCGGGGUGUCUGACUACCUGCCCGGAGAGCCGAUGCUCAAUGACUACCACAACGCCAACCAUCAGCAGCGUUUCGUGGCGCAGGAGCUCUUUCUGCCGGACAGCGCCCUGAUCAUGGGCAGACUCCUCGUGGGCGCCUGGGAGAUCGGGCUUGUGAACGUGGAGGACUCUGCGGCGGAGAUGCUGUGCAGCGCCGUGCAGACACUGCUCAAGAACAUCCUCUCGUCGGUGUUCAUGAAGAAGAAGAUGUUCAAGAGCACCUCCGGCGGAGCAUUCUUCUACGACGUCGGCCAUCCGGUGAGAGAUCCCUUCGUGCGGAACACCGUCACGAGGCAGAAAAUCGACGAUGCACCCGUGGACAUCGACAAGGAGAUCACGCUGGUGAAUCUGAUGAGAAAUCCCACCGAGGAUUCCGUCUUUCUGGCCGAUUGUGGCGAAAUUACGCCACCGAAGCAACACAGAGUCACUGUUCAGGAUCUCUAUCGCGCCCUCCAGGAUCGCAAUAUCAUCCCCUCGCACUCUGUCUACUCCAUCAACGCGGAGCGGAUAAGUAACAGCCUCGGCUGACCAAGGUGCACGGACAAGUCGCUGUUGGAGCCGCGGUGCAACAGCGUGUCCUCCUGGCCGCGCAUUGCCAUCUCCAUGUCGCGCGCC